AUUUGGAUGUAUAUAUAAUUACUUCCUCACAGAAAAAUAUCAAUUGGCAGUACAAGCAAAAUGGAAACCCAAAAGAAGGUCAUUACCGUCAUUGGCGCUGGUGUAACCGGCCUUCAAACUUCGAUAUCACUCCUUGAAGCUGGGUAUCGAGUUUGCAUAAUCGGCAAACAUCUCCCUGGUGACGAAUCUAUCGAGUAUACGUCGCCAUGGGCUGGAGCUCAUUGGCGUUCUCAUGCUCCCGACUCGGAUCCUGAGCAGCAGCAAUGGGACACAGAAACGUAUAAGCGUUGGCUUGAUGUAAUUGAAAAGGAACGCCUAAACCCUGGUCAGAAAUCUUUCUCUGGACUUGCGCUCCGCAACUCUCGCUUCUUCAGGUAUUUGUGGCAUAUAAUUCAUCCAUUGAGACCUCACUCAAUUGUCUGUAGUGCCUCCCCAGAAGCCCCAUGGUUCUCCAGCAAUGUGCUUUCCUAUGAGCAGAUUCCGACAGAGAACCUCAAAGAGGGCUUCAAACAAGGCCAUACCUAUACUUCGGUCAUAGUGAACGUACCAAUGUAUCUCAAAUAUCUCCAGCAAAAAGCAGAAUUUCUAGGAGCCAUUGUCAUCCGAGCUGCUCUUCCCAUCGGUAGCGCCUUCUCCGAAACCCUCCAGGCCGCAGCCAAUGUGGUGAAAGAGCAUUUCAAUCAAUUCAACUACGCCGAAGGACCUCCGAUAUCAGCCUUCGUGAACGCCACUGGCAUCUCCGCACUCAAGCUCGUUCCGGACCCAAAUAUAUACCCAGUCAGAGGACAAACUGUCACCGUCGCAGGAGAAGCCAACCAUAUCACAACAAUCGAUGCCCUCUCCGCUAACCCUACACCUACGAGUACACCAAUCGUGUACAUCUUGCCUCGACCUCAUUCAAAUACUACUAUUUUGGGAGGCACAAAGCAGAUCGGAGACUGGACUGCAGAACCGGAUCCUCAGACGACAGUAGAAAUUCUCGGUCGAGCAAAGGAGUGGGCCCCGGAACUGCUCAACGAGAAAGGUGAGUUUGAAGUUCUGAGUGUGCAAGUUGGUCUCAGGCCCGGGCGAAAGGGGGGUGCCAGAGUGGAGAUUGAGAACUUGGAUGGGGUUACGGUGUGUCAUGCUUAUGGGCAUGCUGGUGCUGGAUAUCAGAAUUCAGUUGGAUCGGCGAACAAAGUUGUUAAGUUACUGGAGAAGCAUUUCGGAGAAGUGAAAAGUGGGUAGAAUAAAUACUAGGCUGGCGAAGUCGCGAGAUUGCGUAAAUCGGCCGUUGCUAUUUUCAAACCCAGAACCUGCGCCAAAUCUGAAGCUCUUCAUCAUUUCCCAUCCACUAUUAGUGCUCUUAGUCUUCGCUCGUCUGGACUAUGGUCAUGAAAAAGGAAUCUCUAGUACCUGAAAACCAAGGCUUAUGACUUGGGCAAACCCUUCACUCAUCUGAGGUUUUUCAAACUCACUCGUGAGUUUCAGGAAGGGAAUUCUUGGGAAAAUCCGUUGGCAUUCGGGAUUCAUCUGG